AUGUAUUGUAUUUAUGAAUAUAUUCUCGAUUCUCAAGAACACUUUUUCUAUCAAAUCUAUCCUCAAUCAUUUUACGAUUCUAAUAAUAAUGGAAUUGGUGAUAUAAAUGGCAUUACAUUAAAACUUGACUAUUUAAAGAAUCUUGAUGUUGAUAUUAUUUGGCUCAGUCCUGUGUAUGAUUCUCCAAACUAUGAUAAUGGCUAUGAUAUUCGAGAUUAUUUCAAAAUCAUGACUGAAUUUGGUACCAUGGAUGAUUUCGGUCGAAUGUUAAGUGAAAUGAAACGAUGUGAACUUAAACUUGUGAUGGAUUUGGUAGCGAACCAUUCUAGUGAUGAACAUCCCUGGUUUAUAGACUCAAAAAAGAGUAAAGAUAAUCCUUAUCCGGAUUUCUAUCAUUGGGCACCUGGCAAAGAUGGAAAAGCGCCGAAUGAAUGGGAAGCCGGCUUGGGUAUGAAUGAUACGUAUGAUAUUCUAACUGAUGAAUAUUAUCUUCAUACAUUUACAUCCAAACAACCAGAUCUUAAAUGGGAAAAUCGUAUUGUACGUCAAGAAGUAUACAAGAUCAUUCGUUGGUGGCUCGAUAAAGUUUUAGGUGUCGAUGGACUUCGUAUGAAUGUCAUAAAUUUUAUUUCCAAAGCACCGCGAUAUCCUGAAGGUGAAAUAUAUGGUAAUGCUGAGUAUUCCCAUGGCUCACCAUGUUUCGUCAAUGGACCACAUGUUCAUGAUUAUUUACAAGAAAUGAACGAACAAGUAUUACGUCACUAUAAUAUUGUAACUAUUGGUGAGUGUCCAGGUGCGAAUAUUAUUGAUGCACAUUUAUUCAGUUGUACACAACGUAAAGAAUUGGAUAUGAUUUUUACAUUUGAACAUAUGAGUCUUGAUGGUGGUCGACGUGAUAUGGAAGUGAUACCUAGAAUUGGUGUUAAUCCUAAUUUUAUAGAAGUUAAUGUUGAAGAUGCAUUGAAAGAUCCACGAUCUAUUUAUUAUUAUUAUUAUCAAAAAUUGAUUGAGUUACGUCGUACUAUGCCAAUCAUUGUAUAUGGCAAAUAUGAUAUAUUACAUCAAGAACAUGAACAUAUUUUCAUCUAUCGACGUUACAAUGAAAACUUAAACAAUAAAAUUAUUGUUGCUUGUAAUUUUAGUCAGCAACCGAUGAAAAUUGAUAAUGCUCAACUUAGUGAACGACUUACUAAGUGUGGUCAUUUAUUAAUCAGUAAUUAUGAGAAAAUGGGCAAUUCGAAUUAUCUGGACUUUCGAUCUUAUGAAACAUGGACAAUUGAAAUGAAACAAUCAUAG